AUAAAUAUAAUGUUCGAAAUAAGGCACAUGUCGAAGGAUGCAUAUGCAACGCACAUAUAGUUGAGGAAGCUUCAUCAUUUUGUUCACACUACUUCGAGCCUCAUGUUUACACAAGGCAUAGAAAAGUGCCACAGAAUGACGAUGGUGGUAUGGAUGAACAAGAUGGAUACGAUGAUAAUCUUUCUAUAUUCACCUAUCCAGGUCGGGGAUUUGGGGAACUAAAUCGUAGAUAUCUUACUGAAGAAGAACUUAAAGCAGCUCAUAUUUAUAUUUUACUAAAUUGUAGAGAAGUGCAGCCAUAUGUGGAGAAUUUUAUUGACUCUCUUCAUCAAAUGUUUCCACAAAUUACGGCGCAGGAAGUGGACAGAAAACUUGAUGAAGAAUUUGCAUCAUGGUUCACAAGAUAUGCCCGAGUCCACAUAGAUAAUCAGUUCAUCAAGGCGCUUGCAGAAGGUCUAUGUUGAUCAGCGAAGCCAUACACUGGUUAUAAUGUCAACGACUUUAAAUUUCACACUAAAGGACGCAGUUUGUCUAGAGCAUCUAAUAACAG